GCGGCGGUGUGACGUCGGGCGCGGGGCCGGCGCUCCGGAAGCGUCCGGGUCGCCCGGCCGGUAGCGGAGCCCUGCGGACCGACCAUACCGCUUAUUGCCGCCGCGCGCGCCAAUUGAUGCGCGUGUCCGUUACUCGCGCCACCGCGACGUUAACUCAUCGAAUAAGUGCAUCAUUCGGUUUCGUUGAAGUCAACAUUUUUAUCAGUGAAUAAAAUAUGCGGCUCCGGUUUCGUUCUCUAUGAAAUCCAUAUUUUUAAGUUACCAGUGAAUAAAAAAUAUGCGUCUCUUUAAAAAUUUCAUUAAAAUCUUAGUGAUAUUGAGAUGCUUGAACGCUCAAAAUGUCGAUUACGAAAUAGAUGCGGUUGUGGGUCAUAGCGCUGAACUGCCUUGCAAUGUGACGGCGGAGACUGAAGGCGACAAACUCAGCAUCCUCGCGUGGUACAACACUACCUUAGCUGCGAUGCUCAACUCUUCAUCAGCAUUCUACAGCCGCGACUUACGUUCCGACGACUACGGUGAAAGCGGCAGCACCUCGUCCGAUGACGACACUGACGGGAGAUACCAGCUGAUAGCACACGAAGAAGACGGCCUGAACAACCUUCUCAUACAUUCCGUGAGGCCCUCGGAUGCAGGACUCUAUUACUGCCUAGCUGACUUCGCUACGAGCCCUUCGCACAAGACAUUUGUGCAACUCAAUGUGAUACAGCCACCGCAACAUCUGUGGGUGAUCCACGAGAACGGAACUCGAUUAGUGACCGCCAGCGCUGGCUCCAACGCUAGUGAAAACAUCGGGCCUUAUUACGUGGGCGAUAAGGUGUACCUUUUCUGCGUUGCCUUUGGAGGUAAACCGUUGGCAAACCUGACGUGGUGGGCGCAGAACCGUCCGCUGAAGGAUACGUCGACGCCGAUAUCGGAGCACCGCGUGCGCAGCGACAUCGAGUACGGGCCGCUGACGCGCGAGGACCACGGCUCCAUGCUCUCCUGCACCGCAGCCAACCACGGCGGCCCAUCGGACCUCGCCAUUGACGUCAUCAUCGACAUGUACCUGCCUCCGGAAUUGAUUUCAAUCCGCGACAUGACAGCCGCCACCGACGGGACCACGACGGCUGGGCGCGCAUACGCAGGCCAGCAACUGCGACUGCAGUGCCGGGUGUUCGGAGCGCUGCCCACCCCCGAAAUACAGUGGCGGCUCAACGACGACGCACUCGACUUACAACAGAAUAUUACUAUUCCAGAGCCAUCACAACGCCUUGUUGUCAGUGAAGUUGUACUGCCGAUAACGGAGGAGCAUGAUGAGGCGAGGAUCACUUGCUGCGCACCCGCCAACCAACGGGACGAAGAAGCUUUACUAUGCCCUCAAGCAAUGCCACUCACAGUGCUGUAUAAACCAAUAUUACAAAUCUUAGUCGACGGCGAGAUGGAGAACGAGACGCUAUGUGUUGUAAAGGGUUCUAACUUGGCACUAAACUGCACGCACAGGGCUAAUCCUGCUGUCUACCAGAUUGAAUGGUUUCAUGAGGACGAUAUAAUAAACCUCGAUGAAGAUGAGGAUUUACCGAUGCAACCUGUGUUGGAACUGAAGAACGUGACAGAAGCUGACGCGGGAGAAUACGUGUGCGCUGGCAGAAAUGAUGUGGAUACAACUUACAGCGAACCUAUAGUCAUACAAGUCACUUACCCAGCAUACUGUGAAGACGUGGACAUAGCAGAAUACGGACUAGGUGAGGGCGAGAGUAUAAACAUCACGUGCAAAGUAAAGAGCAACCCUGAACCAUUAGCCUACAGAUGGGUGAUGGUGAACGAAGCGACAGACGCAGACACCUUUCGACCGACACAACCACACACCGCCACGCAAACUGACGACGCUACGCUGCAAUACCAGAGGCCUAAUGGAACCGCGUUUAAUACGAUAUUCUGCUGGGGAUUGAACGGUGUGAUGGAAAUGGGUCUACCGCACACCCCGUGCACCUUCCUAGUGACCGAUGAAACAGUGCCUCGCCCGCCGACUGACUGCAAAGCUGUGAAGGGCGCCUUAGGCGAGAUCAGUGUACAAUGCGAGGAGGGGCAUAAUGGCGGGCUUCCACAGAAAUUUAAGUUCAGCGUGUACACGGUGGAUACAGACAAAGAGAUUGUAUCUAUAAUCAGUUUGGAACCAAAGUUUAUCAUCCAAGAACCGAAGGAAGACAACUACAGGUUCGUCAUAAUCGCAACCAAUGAUAAGGGAAACAGCAUUUGUGUGGAAAUCGACAAAGAAAACAUUAUUGAUGAAACCAAAGAAGACACGACGCCAAAAAACGCAGUGACUAACAUAACAACGUUGGCGUUGUCUCUGUGUGGCGGCGUGGCGUUGGUGGCGCUAGCGGCGUGUGGGCUGGUGCUCUGUGCGCAUGACCGAGGCUCGCGGAUAGACCUGCCACGUGCGCUGUCUGACCCGCCUCUCUGUGCUUAUAACACUGAAGAAUCAAAUUGCGAAACCUAUCACGACAGUGACGAUGGCAGCGAUUGUAACGUGAGACGAACGGAGUCUUUCCGAAGAGCCAUGUCGAGGUAUCCGUCUUCAAAGAACUAUGACGUCAGAAGAACGAGUUCAUUCCAUUCAGCACGAUACAUGAACGAUAUGGCCGAACAGGAGGUGGCCAAGUGUAGCGACAUGCUGAGACACAACCCUGGCUGUAGAGUGCACUCGCUGCAAAAUAUCAGCAGAAAACGGGAAAUGGAAGCGGCAUGUGACCAUCUUAUAAUGCACCUACCACCGGAGACCAAUUACCAUGUAGCCAAACCUAUGAACACCUUUUACACGAUGCCAAGAAAACAAAGAAGCAGAAAGCAUAUAAGCGAUGACGCAUCUGAAAUAACCCAGACUUCCGACGGAUUCUCGUUGCCGCCUCCUCCUGACGAGUUCGGCACAUACCGAGCCGCGACUAGAAUCAAGGAUAUUCCUGCUAAAUCGACCCCCACCUACACUACUAUAAAGAAAUCGCCAAAGGAACCCCCGAAGCAGUAUAAUGACGUCAUCAUAUCGCCAAUGAACACAGUAGGCUUGCCGACUAUAAGCGGGCACCCGAACAGCGUGUAUUCAUACCCCGAUAACGAUCACCAUGUGAGUACUAACCCCUUUGAUGACUCGCCAUAGUUAGUCCCAUCACUAACACUAAUCGCCAUCUUUCAUUUGAAGGGCACGCAGUCAACGGCUGGCUUCUUAACAACUUUCCAAAGUUAACUCUAGUCUAUGGAUAUAAACUAAGUUAAGUAAUAGUUACCAUUACAGAUCUCGUCUAAGCAUUUUUUGGUACGGGAAACUUUGUAUCUAAACACAAUUUUACUCAAAUAAUUAUUGUUUAUUUACAAAAAUAGAAAUCAACCACAUAGUGCCUUCAUCGCUAUCGCUUUUAACAAUUAUUUUACAUGCACAUGAUUAGGAAUACUCCGUGACAAGAUCUUCGAUGCCAAGCUAGUUUUGUACGUAUAAUAUUUAAAGCAAAAUUGAAAAUCAGUCACUGCCAUUUCUAUUAUAUUACUUAGGGAGAUAUUUUUAUUUAUUAGUGUAAUAUUACUGUUGCAAUUACUUAAAAUUUUUGUAUGUGUACUAUGGAUGUGUAAAAUAAAAAUAUUCCAGUCAGUUCGGGUUUCAUUUUUGAAUUCCAAGUUUGAAAAAUGCAAUUUGAAAAUAUGUUAUAAAAUGUCAAAGGCUUAU